AUGGCGACGAAAAGUGAGGUUGUGUUUGAAGAUUUUUUCCCAUCAAUGGUUGAGAAACUUGGCGCAGAUGGGUUCGUGAACGAGCUGUGUAAUGGGUUUCGCUUGUUGAUGGAUCCUGAGAAGAGAGUUAUUACAUUCGAGAGCUUGAAGAAGAAUUCUGCAGUUUUAGGGUUGCAGGAAAUGAAUGAUUCUGAUUUGGUUUGCAUGCUGGACGAAGGCGAUCUGGACGGUGAUGGGUGUUUGAAUCAGAUAGAGUUUUGUGUUCUUAUGUUUAGAUUGAGUCCUGAUUUGAUGAAAAGAUCAAGAAUGAUUUUUGAGGCUUUCCUGUAA